UGCUAUGCGUAGACGAGGCGUAUACGUUAUGUUGACGCUGUGCGGUGUGGUGGGUGCUGCACUAACCGCUGUGCUGGUGAUCUCUCUCACCGGGAACUACGGCGGGGCAGACGCAGUUACACAAACGGUGACUGUGGAUUUAUCCAACAACCAGGGGAAAGUUCUCGGAAAUUACGGGAGAACCGCUUGGACAGAUCAGACUUUUAUGCAAUUCCGUGGCAUUCCCUAUGCCGAGCCACCAGUUGAUAGGCUGCGUUUUCUGCCACCUGUGGCCAGAUCCCCCUGGACGAACACUAUCAGCACAUUGAACUUUGGUCAACGUUGCCCGGUGAUAAGCAAUCUGGAUGGCGACUUGUCUGAUGCUGAACUAGAAGAUUGUCUUAACUUGUCAGUCUAUACAAAAAAUCUUACUGCCAACCAUCCUGUUAUGUUCUACAUCUAUGGUGGAGGAUACUACAAUGGCUCCGCAGAGGAUCAUCCACCCAACUAUCUUUUGGAGAAAGAUAUUGUUCUAGUCGUACCUCAUUAUCGCGUGGGAGCAUUGGGCUGGUUGUCGACCUACACAAAAGAGUUUCCCGGAAAUGCCCCAAUUGCGGAUAUUUUAAUGGGCCUGGAGUGGGUGCAACUGCAUAUAAGUCGGUUUGGUGGUAACCCAAAGAAAGUAACCAUUUUUGGCCAGAGCGCCGGAGCCGGAGUUGCCAGCGCUUUGCUGUUGAGUCCCAAAACUGGAGAGAAUCUAUUUCAGCAAGCGAUUGUGCAAUCUGGUUCAAUUUUAGCCCAUUGGGCCAUAAACAAGGACCCAGUGGGACAGGCUCGACGAAUCUGUAGCCAGUUGGGUUGCCUCAAUUGCGACGAGAAUGAGCAGUUUUAUAAAUGUUUACGACACGCCAAAGUUGUAGAUAUAUUAAAGGCCACGACAACGGAGACAUUUUCGCCAGUAAUGGGGGAUUUACAAGGAAUCCUGUCACAUCAUCCAAGUGAAUUGGUAAAGAAUUAUCAAAGGAAAAUCCCCCUAAUAACCGGGUUUACAGAACAUGAUGGAUCUUUUGUACUAGCAAGCUUUUAUGAUGCUCUGAUCACCAAGAUAUCAAAUGUAAGUUCAUUGAGCGUCCGCCAGAUUUCUCAGGGCAUCAAUAACAUGUUAAUCGACGAUAAGACCGGACUGACAGAUAAUUUACUACAUAAAAUGCUUUUCAAGCCAGCAGUUCUUAACAGUAAUGACCACAAACUUGCUGUGCCUUCAUACUUUGAUCUCACUUCGACAAUCUACAUGAAGUCCCCAGUGAUAACUCUGGCCAGCAAAAUCCUUGCCCAACAGCCUACGACGCCGGUUUACGUGUAUAGUUUCGAGUACGAAGGCGAAUUUACUCGCUUUGGCUACGAGUUCGGCAACUCCCACUAUCCAUUCAAUGGAGGUGUUCACCACUCCAAUGACAACAUAUAUCUUUUCGCCACCCAUCCUCUUAGAGGGCAAGACACAUUGAUGUCCCAAAAAAUGGUGGAGUUAUGGACAUCGUUUGCCAUAGAUGGUGUGCCUAAGGGACUUAGUGCCUUGACCAGUCCAAGUGGUCCAUAUAAUAAACUCAAUUUAAAUAUAACUAAAGGUGAAGAUUUGUUGGAAUCUCUGACAGCGGCAAUUGAUGAUCCAGACAAUGACAGACUACAGCGAAAUGAUGUGGAGUUUUAAUGGCCGUUAAUACUUUAAAUAUAUAUAAUUUAAGGGAAAACAAGAAAAAUCUCCUUAAAAAAAAUUAUAUGUUAAAACUUAGUACUUAAGUUUGAUAUUGCCUCUGUUUAA